AUGGACUUCGGCGGUAGCUGGGAGGAUCACUUGCACUUGGUGGAGUUUGCAUACAAUAACAGUUACCACUCAGCGAUUCAGAUGGCACCAUUCGAGGCAUUAUAUGGCAGAGCAUGUAGAUCUCCUACUUUAUGGGACGAGGUUGGAGAAUCGUCAGUCUUGGGACCCCAGCGUAUUCAGCGUGAUGCAGAGUUGGUUGGCACCAUCAGCUAUGCAGAUCGGAGACGGAGACCUUUGGAGUUCUCUGUGGGUGAUCAUGUGUUCCUGCGAGUGUCUCCUACCAAGGGAGUUAGGAGAUUUGGAUUGAAAGGGAAGUUAGCUCCUCGUUACAUCGGACCCUUUCAGAUACUUGAGAGGAUCGGUGAGGUAGCAUAUCGACUGGCGCUGCCUCCUUCACUUGCCGGGGUGCAUGAUGUAUUUCACGUAUCUAUGUUGAGGAAAUAUGUACCACACCCUACGCAUAUUUUGGCUGAUGUCUCUAUCACCCUUCAGCCAGAUGUAGCAUAUGAGGAGGCUCCAGUGCGGAUAUUGGAUCGUAAGGAACGCCAGCUGCGAAACAAGACAAUCCGAUUGGUCAAGGUUGGAUGGGAGCAUCAUUCCGAUGACGAGGCAACCUGGGAGCUGGAGGAUAAGAUCCGAGCGCGGUACCCACAGUUGUUUGAUGAAGUGGCUUGCUGUGAGGGGCUCGGCCACAACUCUCAGCUGCUGUUCUUCACCCGGGAAACAUCAGUGGCAUACCGUGAGGUGUUCUGCCACAAUCUCCCGCUACUGUUGUUCAUCCGGGAUUCCUUGGGUAAGACCCCUGCCAAUACAGAUGUUAGCUCUGUUAAGAGCUCAGAUCUGUGGAUCUACAAUGUGGGCAGCAUCCGUGUACUAGUGCCGGCGAUUUCACCUUCUGACAGCAAGUUAUCAGUGGGGAGACUUCUGUGA